CGGCCCCCCUCCGUCACACCGUGGCUGCUCUCUCUCUCUCGCGCGCACUCUCUCUCUCUCUCUCUCUCUCUCUCUCUGUUGUCUGUCAGUGUCUCUCGCCCUCCUCCCCGGCUCUAUCUCUCCCCCUUCGCUUUCUUGUCUGGUUUCUUUCCACAGGAGCCAGCCGAGGUCCCGCCGGGUCGAAGGUUCUGCCCUAUCCGCCCAGACUGCCGCAACCCCCGGACGGCCGCGUACGACCCUACCCGCUCUCCUGCCGCAUGGACCCGCGUCUCUCCACUACCGCCGCUGCUGCCGCCGCGUAGAGGGCGACCCCGACCCGACACUCUUUCUCCGGCCAGCUAAAAAAAAAAACGCCAAAAAAAAAAUACUCCACGACGAAGACUGCAGCGCGUCGUGGUCGAGUCGGUUGUCCGAGUCGCCGCUGGGAGACUUCCUGGGCUUCUUGACCGGCUCUGAAGGAUGACCGCCACACGGCUCGCUGCUGAAUCCCGGUGAACGAACGGCGUCUCAUGUCCACACGGCGGAAGGAUGGCUCAUGGCAAAGUGACCAUCGCGGUGGACGAGUACAGCUCCAACCCCACGCAGGCCUUCACACACUACAACAUCAACCAGAGCCGCUUCCAACCUCCACAUGUCCACAUGGUGGACCCCAUUCCUUAUGACAAUCCCAAGCCAGCCGGACACACCAGGUUUGUGUGUGUGUCGGACACACACUCGCGUACCGACGGCAUCCAGAUGCCCUACGGCGACGUGCUGCUGCACACGGGCGACUUCACCGAGCUGGGCCUGCCCUCCGAGGUCAAGAAGUUCAACGACUGGCUAGGUGGCCUCCCGUACGAGUUCAAGGUGGUGAUCGCCGGCAACCACGAGCUGACCUUCGAUAAGGACUUUAUGGCCGAGCUGGUCAAGCAGGAUUACUACCGAUUCCCCUCGGUGUCCAAACUCAAACCGGAGGACUUUGACAAUGUCCAGACGCUGCUCACGAACUGCGUGUACCUGAAGGACUCGGACGUCACCGUCAAGGGAUUCCGGAUAUACGGGGCGCCAUGGACUCCGUGGUUUAACGGCUGGGGGUUCAACCUGCCUCGGGGUCAGUCUCUGCUGGAUAAAUGGAACCUCGUCCCCGAAGGCAUCGACAUCCUGAUGACCCACGGACCGCCGCUCGGGUUCAGAGACUGGGUCCCGAAGGAGCUGCAGCGGGUCGGCUGUGUGGAGCUGCUCAACACGGUCCAGAAGAGGGUGAGACCCAAACUCCACGCCUUCGGGGGCAUACACGAAGGCUACGGGAUCAUGACAGACGGCUACACGACGUUCGUCAACGCGUCGACCUGCACCGUCAGCUUCCAGCCCACCAACCCCCCCAUCGUGUUCGACCUGCCCAACCCCGCCAGCUCCUGAGGCCAGAAGGUGGGGGUGGAGGUGGAGGUGGAACGAUAAACUCCUUCUUUUUUUUCUAUAAAUAUGUCAAGUAAAAAAAAAAAAACUCUAAAAAAAAAGCAAAAAAAUAAGUUCUAAGUGUUUCUUUGCAAAC